AUGCCAUGGAUCCGUACGGGAAGCCGCGCUCUGGCCUUCCUCGUCGUCACCGGCGACCCCCGCCUCGCCACCCGUCUCCGGAUCAGCCUCCCCAGCCCCCGUCGUGCACGUAUUCGGCCCCUGCAAGCUUCAGCCAUCGCCGACGCUCUGCAUCAAGCAACCCCAAAACGAGAGCAACGCAAGCGGGAGAAAAAUGACGGGCUGCUAAUGACAAAAAUGAUGGACCAAUUGAGAGUAGGAUUCUUCGGGACGCCGAAAUAUUGUGCAUCAUAUGAGCUGUGGUAUUAUUUGAAUCUUGGUGCAAAAAUUCAGACCAAUGUAUUCUACCUACUGUUGCUUCUCAGCUUCAACAUCAUUUGA